AUUGUGUUUCGUUUCGUCCCCCGUCCGUUCUCCCUCGCUUCUCUUCUCUCUCCUCUCUCUUUCCUUUCUUUUUUUUCUCUUUCUGGUUUUUGGACUGAGAAGUAGGGCUUCUGUUCCUCUGCUUCCUCGCCCCCCCUGUGCUCACUUCCCCGGCGCAUCGCCGCCCCACCGCCGGCCGUCAUACGUUUCCGGAGGGCUGGAGGGAGUUUCGUUCCAGUCGGUCUGUGAUUGGAUCGCUCCGGAGUUGGAUCUAUUGAUUCAUAGCUGAUUCUCAUUGGUGGACUAGGAUUGGGGUGCGGAUUUGGAUGUGUUGGCGGAAUCGGAUCUCCGCCAGGGAUCGCGUCGGCAUUUGUCUCGGGAUAUGGCCAAUCCUGGAGUCGGGAACAAGUUCGUGUCUGUGAAUUUGAACAAAUCUUAUGGGCAGCAACAGCAUCACCACUCGGGCUCUUAUUCCUCGAGAACUGCACGGGCGCCUAAUAGCCACCACCAUGGAGGCGGAGGGAUGGUGGUGCUUUCGCGGCCCCGUAGCUCACAGAAAGCUGGGCCAAAGCUUUCCGUACCGCCCCCCAUGAAUCUGCCAUCACUGCGGAAGGAGCACGAAAAGUUCGAUUCUUUGGGAGGAGGGGGUGGGCCCACUGGUGGCGGGGCUCCAGGUAGUGGGUUGAGGCCCAGCUCAUCUGGCAUGAGAUGGACUAAGCCUGUCACUCUUCAGGAGAAGGAGGGUUUAGGUUUACCUGUGAAGGGUGUCUCAGAUCAGGAUAUGCAUGAUGGUGGGGUUGAUGGGUUGUCGAAUAAGGGAGCAGGAUCAUCUGUUCGGUUGAGCAUUGCUAGAGCUGGAUAUGUGGCUGUGGAGAAAUCUCCGGUCUUGAGAGGUGAAGAUUUUCCUUCUUUGAGAGCUACUCUACCAGUUGCUUCUGGUCCUUCGCAGAAGCUGAAAGAUGGUUCAAUUUACAAACAGAAGCAAAUGGCGUCUGAAAUGGUGACUGCAGCUAGUGAGGCGAGGGAAGGCUCAAAUUUGAGCUCUCACGUUGAUAUGCGUCCUCAACAGAUGUCAUCUCCUUAUGGUUUUUCCAAUGGGGUCCAUGAAAAUGAGAGUGAUAAUCUCAGUUUGGGCAGUUCUCGCAUGCUUGAGCAGAGCAGAAAGCAAGACGAUUACUUUGCAGGCCCACUGCCGCUAGUCCGUUUGAAUCCAAGGUCUGACUGGGCUGAUGAUGAGCGCGAUACUGGUCAUGGUUUGAUGGACCGAGGCAAAGAUAACGGGUUUGCAAGAAGUGAGGCUUAUUGGGAAGGAGAUUUUGACGUACCCAAACCGAACUUUUUACCGCACAAAUCGGGUCAUAGUUCUUUUGACCGGUGGGCUCUGCGUGACAGUGACACUGCAAAAUUUAGUUCUACUGAAGUCCCUAAAGCAGAGUCUCAUGGCAGGGAUGUACGAAUGCCUAGCCGGGAAGGUAGGGAAGGGAACUUGUGGAGAGCAUCUUCCCCGCUUUCAAAAGAUAAUGUCAGCACGCAUGAAUCCGGGACUGACAGAAAUGGGUUUACAGGCAGGCCGUCCAGUAGGGGCAUGGAAAUGAAAAAGGACAAUAGGUAUGUCCAAUCACUCUUCCGUGAUGGUGUGCAGAAUGAUGUUGGAAGGAAUGGCCAAGGAGGGAAGCUGCCAUGGAACAACAGUAGGGAACGUUAUGGCAGUGAUCAUAGUGUCCAGAACAAUCUGACGUCCAAAGCUUCGAUUGGCGUUAAGGUCCCUCCUUUCAAUGAGAUAGGGCCCAACAAAUAUUCUAAAGAGAAACGUCUCAUUUCGAAGAGUGAGAAGCCAUAUGCAGAGGACCCUUUCCUCAAGGACUUUGGUGAUGGCUGGGAUCCUGUUUCUGGAAAUAUCUUGGGGGUGGUUAAAAGGAAAAAGGAUGUGCUUAAAGAUACUGAUUUUCAUGAUCCUGUGAGGGAGUCGUUUGAGGCUGAACUGGAGAGAGUUCAGAAGAUGCAAGAGCAGGAACGACAGAGAAUUAUUGAAGAACAAGAAAAAGCUUUGGAGCUAGCCCGCAGGGAGGAGGAGGAGAGAGCAAGGCUGGCUAGAGAGCAGGAAGAAAUGCAGAGAAGGCUGGAAGAAGAAGCCCGGGAAGCUGCGUGGAGAGCAGAACAAGAAAGAUUGGAAGCCUUUCGCAAAGCUGAAGAACAGAGGAUAGUCAGGGAGGAGGAGAAGCGUAGAAUAGUCAUGGAGGAGGAAAGGAGAAAACAGGCUGCGAAGCAGAAGCUUUUGGAGCUGGAGGAAAGGAUUGCCAAAAGACAGGCUGAUACAACGUUGGCAGAUGAGAAAGUCUCAGACUUGCCUAAAGAAAAAGAUAGUUCUAGGUUGAGAGAAACAGAAAGUUUCGUGUCAGAUGGGGGUGAUUGGGAGGAUACUGAGAGAAUGGUAGAGAGGAUCACGACUCCAGCAUCUUCUGAUUCGUCUAGCUUUAAUAGACCAUUUGCUAAUUUGUCUAGAGAUAGCUCUUCUUCUAUCUUGAUAGAUAGGGGAAAACCUACCAAUACAUGGAGGAGGGACCGGUUUGAGAAUGGCAACAGCUCGACCUUUGGCAUGACGGAACAGGAGAGCAGCCUUUAUGGUCCCAGACGCGAUGCAUCAUUUGGAGGAAAAUCAUUUGCCAGGAAAGAGUUCAAUGGGGGAGCUGGAUUUGGGACGUCCCAGACCUAUGGUAAAGGGGGGGCCUCUGAGCUUCAGAUGGAUGCCUAUUCUCAAAUGAGAGGGCAGAGGUGGAAUCUUGUUGAUGGAGAUCCUUUCAACAGGAACAUUGAUGUUGAUCCCGAAUUUCCGGAGAAUCUUGCUGAUAAAUUUGGUGACGCAUGGGAACAGGGUCGUCCUCAUGCCAAUGCUUAUUCUUUGUACCCUGAGCAGUACUAUCGCCACCCUGAGGCAGAUGGUUCCUAUUCUUUUGGGAGGUCAAGGCACUCUAUGAGGCAGCCCCGAGUUCCUCCUCCUCCAACACUGGCCUCCGCGAAUAACAACAAGAACACUCAUAGGGGUGAAAUUGAACGACCUGGGCCCUCGAGUUUCACAGGCGAUGUGCCAUACCAUAGUACUGGAAGAAGAGAACCCACUAUACAGGUGGAUUAUCGCAGUGGUCGUCAAGAGAAUGUUGAAGUGGAAUCAGUUGACUCAGUGGUUGAACCGAAGCCAGGUCCAGAAACAGCACCAAGGUGUGAUUCCCAGUCCUCUCUAUCUGUUUCAAGCCCCCCUGAUUCUCCUGUUCAUCUCUCUCAUGAUGACUUGGAUGAAUCUGGGGAAUAUCCUGUGAAAUCUGCUGCCGUAGAAGAUGAGGACUUCCUUAUGACAGGGAAAGCAGGGCAGGCAAAUAUCAUGACUGUUACAAGCUCUGUUUCUAGUGGCAUUGAUGAUGGAGAGUGGGCUUUGGAGAACAGUGCAGAACUACAGGAGCAAGAAGAAUAUGAUGAAGAUGAAGAGGGAUAUAGGGAAGAUGAAGUGCGGGAAGGAGAAGAUGAGAAUGUCCAUCUCUCUGAGGAAUUCGAGGGCAUGCAUUUGGAGGAUAAAGCUUCAGCCCAUAUGAUGGACAGCUUAUUAGGGUUUAAUGAGGAUGUUGGAGUACGGAUAUCAGAUAAUGAGUUAGAGAUUAGCUCACAGAAGGAGGUCAGUACAUUUCCUGCACAAGCAGUUAGUGCAGAAGAGAAGGAAUCAUUUGAGAGGGAUGCACAACCUCAUUUACAUGCUGAUGGUUCUUCUCAAGUGACUCUUGACCAGCAGGAAACUGAGACAGGCUUGCAAGCUGCAGUUAUUAAGGCCAAUGAUGAGACAGAUGAUAAUUCUAGGAGCCAUGCUCUAUCUGCCCAUCAGGCUGCUCCAUCUAGUACUGCUAGCUUACCCUCUCAGUCAGCUGGGCAUACUCUGAUGCCCUCCCCACCCGCUUUUCCAACUCAGGCUGAAAUACCUGUUAAGCUUCAGUUUGGACUGUUCUCUGGUCCUUCAUUGAUUCCAACCCCAGUUCCUGCAAUACAGAUUGGUUCUAUUCAGAUGCCUCUUCAUUUGCAUCCCCAAUCACUUGGCCACCCUUCACAGCCUCCACUCUUCCAGUUUGGACAGCUGAGGUAUACAUCCCCUAUUUCCCCUGGAGUUGUGCCAUUAGCUACUCAGUCGAUGUCCUUUCUGCAUCCAAGUGUCCCUGCAAACUUCCCUUUAAGCAAGAAUCCAGGUGGACCAGUGUCAAUGCAGUCUGGGGACGUUGCCUCUGCUCAGAAUCUGGAUAAACUGAAUAUUUCGGGGGGUUCUCAACAAGGCACUGUUACCAGGCCUUCAGAUCUAUCUCAAGGGAAUCUGCCUAAAGAAGCAAAUAUGUUUCCAGCCAGAGAUAAAGGAGAUAGCCUUGUGAUGAUACAACAGGGUCGUAUUGAGCAUCCUAUUGGGGACGGCAACAAUAUGUCUAAAUUCCAAGCAAAGGAGCAGGAGGGCAACAAGGACGUUGCGAAGAACUUUCAAUCCUUGUCGAGCUCAAAAGAAUGGGAGGGUCGGGCCCAGAUGGGAACGGCACCACCCCAGCCUGGUAAACAAGAGAAGGAUUUUUCUGGUUCGAAGGGUCAUGGCUCUAUGACCAACAGCAGAGGGAAACAUUAUGUCUUUAAGGUUAAAAAUGUUCCAACAAAACUGGCUUUUCCAGAUUCUGAGGCUUCUCAGUUGGAUGGUGCUGGACAUCAGAGGAGACAGCGUCGCACGGUCAAGAGAGCAGAGUUUCGAAUUCGAGAUAAUGGUGAGAAGGGGCAAUCUACUGUAUUUGGUUCAGUGGAUCACUUGGGGCUGGGUGAUAAAUCAAAUAUGAAUGGAAGAAAUGCUGUUGGCCCUGCAAGGAGUGGUUCGAGGAAGGCUAUCAUAACAAAUAAAGCUUCCAAACACACUUUAGAAUCAGAAGGCAGGGUAGCAGUUUCAGGCAAUAUUCAAGAGUUGGGUUCUGGAGGUGGGGCUGAGAUGGGCUCUAGGAAGGAAUCGUUGAUAAAAGCCCAGAUGGUUCAGCAGUCACGUUCCAUUGAAGGAAGCUCUAAGAGGGACACUCGUGAAGAAGAUGUUGAGGAUUCUCUGCAGAGUGGUGUUGUGCGUGUUUUCAAGCAACCCGGAAUAGAAGCUCCAAGCGACGAAGAUGACUUCAUUGAGGUGAGGUCAAAGAGGCAAAUGCUAAAUGAUAAGCGUGAGCAGCGAGAAAAAGACAUCAAGGCAAAGUCUCGGGUCUCCAAGGUAUCUAGAAGAUCUCGUUCUUCGUCCAACACUAGUGUUUCUGGCAGCUUGAAAACAACUGCUCCCAGAGGUGAGGGGACAAGAAGUAGCAUUCGAACUGAUUUUGCUGGCACUGAAGGACACGAGCUUGCAGAUUUUGAAGUUUCUUCUGGUUUUAAUCCCACUGUGUCAUCGCAACCAUUGGCUCCAAUUGGCACCCCUCCUGCCAGAAGUGAGGCCUCGGCUGAUUUGAGGUCACUCAAGACCAGCUCCCUCCCUUUUGCAUCUGGCACUGGUCAGACCUUUGUGGGAGGCCCUGGUUUGGCAUUCACUGACAAAAAUGUGGACGAUAUCCAGACAUCUAUGGACACGUGGGCAAGUCCUGGGAGUAAUCAGCCGGUUAUGGCCUUGACACAGUCUCAACUUGAUGAAGCCAUGAAGCCGGCAAACUUUGAUUCCCGUAUCUCAGUUGGAGAUCAUACCAUUGCUUCCAGUGAGCACAUUAUAUCUUCAUCUUCGAUGUUGUCAAAGGAUAAGCAAUUUUCCUCUGCAGCUAGUCCAAUAAACUCCCUUCUUGCUGGGGAGAAAAUACAAUUUGGUGCAGUUACCUCUCCAACAGUUCUCCCUCCGAGCACCCAUUUGGGUUCACAUGGCAUUGGGCCUCCAGGGCCAUGUCAACCGGAUAUCCAAAUUCCUCAUAAAAUCCCCCCAAAAGAGAACAAUUGCAGUCUUUUCUUUGAGAAAGAGAAGAACUCAGAUGAGUCCAAUGCCCAUUUGGAAGAUUGUGAGGCAGAAGCUGAAGCAGCUGCUUCAGCUGUUGCUGUUGCUGCCAUCAGCAAUGACGAAAUUAUUGGGAAUGGACUCGGGAAUCACUCUCUUUCUGUUUCAGAUACCAAAUCUUAUGGGGCAGCAAAUGCAGAUGGAAUUGCAGCAGGUGUCGCUGGUGAUCAGCCGUCAGCAAAUCAGUCAAGAGCAGAAGAACCUCUAAGUGUUUCUCUUCCAGCUGAUCUUUCUGUUGACACCCCUCCAAUAUCCUUGUGGCCACCGCUGACACCUCCACAAGCCACUUCAAGCCAGAUGCUCUCGCAUUUUCCCGCUGGCUCGCCUUCCCAUUUUCCCUUCUAUGAUAUGAAUGUGAAUGCAAUGAUGGGGAGCCCAAUCUUCGCAUUUGGGCCGAAUGAGGAUUCUUCUGCAGCUGGCCAGUCACAUGCACAGAAGAGUGGCGGACCCAGUUCAGGGCUGCAUGCCACCUGGCACCACUCUGGUGUGGACUCAUUUUACGGUGGUCCCACAGGGUUUACUGGUCCUUUCAUCGGUCCUGGAGGGAUACCAGGUGUUCAAGCCCCACCCCAUAUGGUUGUCUAUAACCAUUUUGCGCCAGUCGGUCAGUUUGGACAAGUUGGCUUGAGUUUCAUGGGCACCACAUUUAUCCCAUCAGGAAAGCAACCUGACUGGAAACACAAUCCGGCUGGACCUUGCACCACUUUAGGAGAAGGGGAUGUGAACAACAUGAACGUUGUAUCUGCACAACGGAAUGCAAUGAGCAUGCCAUCUCCGAUCCAGCAUCUUGCCCCUGGGUCUCCUCUCCUGCCCAUGGCUUCUCCUUUGCCUAUGUUUGAUGUCUCUCCUUUCCAGUCUUCUGCUGAGGUGCCGGUCCAUGCUCGGUGGUCUCCUCUUCCAUCCUCGACGCUUCAGUCCGUUGCAAUGUCAGUGCCUAUGCAGCAACAAACAGAAGGCAUGCUCCUUCCCCUAUCUCCUCAAUAUCCCAAUAACAACAAUAACAAUGCGCUGCCUCCUGUGGACCAAUCAGUAGCAACCAACCGGCCUGCCGACGGCAGUCGAGAUUUCCCCAUUGCUGCAACCACGGAUUCGACUGCGACCCAGCUGCCCGAUGAGCUCGGGCUACUCGAGGAUCCUUCGGGUCCCUCUUCCUCCAGGCCUUCGAAACAGGUUGGUGCUGCUUCAAAAAGGAGUGCCGAUUCUGGCAACACCGGAGCCCAAAACAACAAUAAUAACCAGAUCGGGAACUCUGCCUCCGCUCCGUUGAGUAACCGUCCGAGGAAUUCCCAGCACUACGGGGGCUCUUCUACCUCCUCUUCUUCUGUGUAUAGCAACAACUACCACCGAAGGGGAGCAGGAUUCCAAGGGGGAGGAAGGAAUCAUUCCUUCGGCGUGGACAAAGGCUAUUCUUCUUCCACCUCAAGGGUGAAGCAAAUCUACGUGGCUAAGCAGAGAAACCAGUCGGCUACGUCAUGAGGAGCAAGCAAGAAUUGGGAAUAAUAAUACGACAGCAGCAGGGUUGCGGCCCAUGCGAAGAAUCAUCCUACAUUGAAGUGCUCCCUCUCUUUUUGGGGGGGGCGCACCUGAAGCUCGAGCUCCAUCCCGAUUUAUUUGUCAGUGUAAGAUUUUAUUUUUCUUCUUCCUCAUUUUCUCUUUGUCGAUUAUUGUUAUUAUCUAUAUAGAGAUUUCCCCACAAGGGAUCUGCUAAUGCAGGAAGUGGAUGAUUAUAAGCCAAUUUUUGGGAGGGUGUAGGGGGUUUUGGUGUUUGUCGUGGAUGUGGUGUUUAAGAAUACCGUUCAUUUUCGGGAAAAAGGAGAAGGCGCUGUUACUCUCAACGGUUUGGAUUUAACAAGCAGAUUGCAUUUACUCUGUUGGUGAAUUGUUAA